AGUUCUUGUACCAUAGAUGUAACAUAUUUUCCUUUCGAUCAACAAACGUGUAUUAUGAAAUUCGGAUCGUGGACCUUCAACGGCGAUCAAGUUUCCCUGGCCCUGUACAAUAACAAAAAUUUCGUCGACUUAUCCGACUACUGGAAAUCCGGAACGUGGGAUAUCAUCGAAGUGCCAGCCUACCUCAACAUAUACGAAGGAAACCAUCCAACCGAAACCGAUAUUACGUUCUUCAUCAGUAUCAGGCGUAAAACGUUGUUUUAUACCGUCAAUUUAAUACUUCCGACCGUUUUGAUUUCGUUUCUCUGCGUCCUUGUUUUCUACUUGCCAGCCGAAGCAGGCGAAAAGGUAACGUUAGGCAUCAGUAUUUUGCUCUCACUGGUUGUGUUCUUGUUACUCGUAUCGAAGAUCCUGCCACCAACGUCACUCGUGUUGCCACUCAUCGCAAAAUAUCUUCUUUUCACAUUCAUCAUGAACACCGUCAGUAUUCUCGUCACAGUUGUUAUCAUCAACUGGAACUUCAGAGGUCCCCGAACACACAGGAUGCCAUCAUGGAUUCGAUCUGUGUUUCUCAAUUACCUCCCAGCACUGUUACUCAUGAAGAGGCCGCGCAAAACACGAUUGCGCUGGAUGAUGGAAAUGCCUGGUAUGGGUGUACCACCUCACCCAUAUGGAUCUCCAACCGACAUUCCAAAACACAUCAGUUCCAUCGAAUCUCAAAGUAAAGUAGAGGUGAUGGAACUCUCGGAUUUACAUCAUCACCCCAACUGUAAAAUCAACAGAAAACCUAACUCCGAUUUGGGGGUAGGAGUUGGCGGUGAUAGUUGUAGGAGAGAAAGUGAAAGCUCGGAUUCCAUUUUAUUAUCACCGGAAGCAUCCAAAGCUACGGAAGCGGUAGAAUUCAUUGCAGAACACUUGCGCAACGAAGACUUAUACAUACAGACCCGUGAAGACUGGAAGUACGUGGCAAUGGUGAUCGAUAGGCUCCAGCUGUACGUGUUUUUUAUUGUAACUACUGCUGGUACCGUCGGUAUUCUGAUGGAUGCUCCUCAUAUCUUUGAGUACGUGGAUCAGGACAGAAUAAUAGAAAUAUAUCGCGGUAAAUAAAAAGUUCCAAUCCCUGGCUAAAAAAUCAUGUGGCUUCCACAAAAUGGCCUACGAGGACGUUUAAAAAGUGACUCAAGUGUGGUGACUGAUAAGUGAAUUGUAAUUUUCGAAAUCGAGGAUUUCUGCGAAUUUGCAAAGGGCUCAGAAUGCAACUAAGGUUUCAUACGUUACUUCAAAAAUUCAGUUGCUAUAAACUUGGAAACCACCAUUAUUUUGAUUUUGGAACGAGGCCAAUUCGCUUUGAACAUUUUGAAAAUUCUGUGAAAUCAUCGAUGACGUCUGGUGUUGUUAAACACUCGUAUCGGUCGCGGGUGUACCCAAAAUAAUUAAUUUUCAUUUGUUAUUAGUAUCGUCGAGUGACAAUCGAAUGAAAACCGUGUGCACACGGAAACAUUGUAGAGACGAUAUCGUUCAUCGUUGAGAAAAAGCGUCUAGAUUAUCCAAUGCCAAUAAUAGAAUUGAUGUACUUAUUACUUAUUGUUCCUACAAGAUUGUCCAAAUUGUAUGAGAUGAUUCCAAUUGUUAUCUAUUAGCAGACUAUCAAGUAAACAGAACAUCGAACACUCUAAAAUUGGAAUAAUCUGGAUUCGAUAAGAACUCAGAAAUCAUAUCAUUUAUAUGUGUGGAUAAAAACACAAAAACACGUCUAUAACAUUUCAAUUAAGGGCACUGAGGGAUUUAACGGAAACGAGAUUCAACCAACUUCUUAAUAUACUAAGUUAUUUCAAGAAAAUUACCAAAAAUUGUCGCCCAGAGAUACAUUAGUUUCAAGUUGAUUAACAAUGAUUCUGCUUCUGCUGAAAUUCUACAACUUUUCCGCUGUUCACAUCUUGUUUCAGCUCGAGGUUGAAUUGAAAUCAUCUAUAUAUCUUGGACAAUUGAGUAGAGUGAAUGAGUACGUUAUCACUAUCAAGAGAUCUAAUUCUUGAACUCGUUUGAAUGAUUUUGAAACUUGAUGGAGCAGAACUCAAAAAAAAGUAACUUUUUCGCCAAACUGUCCCUUCAUCUACCUAAUUUUUUAUUGAACAAUAAUGACAUAUUUUUUAAGUGAAUGCGGUUCAAAGAUUAGACCUCCACUGAAUCAACUGAAAACAAAUAGCCUGAAAUCACAUUAACGAGGGUUUCGACCAAGCUACCCCCAUCAACCAUUUUGAUGCGUUCAAGAAUGACGCUCGUAAAAACUCGCGACAUCGAAGACAUUUUUAGAUUGUAGAGCUGAGCUCGAACACAAGCAUUCGCCUUCGCAUGAGCACAUUUGUCCAGUCAACGAAUGUCAAAUCACUUAAAGAAUCACUUUUUGAAUUUAAAAUUGAUUCAACUUCAGAAAGUAGUGC